UGGCCCUGCUGGCCCUGCUGCUGGCCGGCUGCGCGGCCGGGCGCGGCGGUUAUGAUGCCCUGAGCUAUUCUGUGGGAGGUGGUGACAAGUGGAGCGGGCGGCAGCUCCUGCAGGUGCGUGAGCAGAACGUGAGUGACCUUCCAGAGGAUGGGGGACAGCAGCUCUACAUCAGAAACUGCACUGAGCCAGCUCUCCAUGAGUUCCCCAAUGACAUCUUCACGAAUGAGGACAGGAGACAUGGAGCUGUUGUCCUGCACGUCCUCUGUGCUGUGUACAUGUUCUACGCCUUGGCAAUCGUCUGCGAUGACUUCUUCGUCCCUUCGCUGGAAAAGAUCUGUGAACGCUUGCAUCUCAGUGAAGAUGUGGCUGGGGCAACUUUCAUGGCAGCAGGAAGCUCUGCUCCUGAGCUCUUCACAUCUGUCAUAGGUGUUUUUAUCACAAAAGGAGAUGUAGGCGUUGGAACCAUCGUGGGCUCGGCUGUAUUCAACAUCCUCUGUAUUAUUGGUGUGUGUGGGCUUUUUGCAGGACAGGUUGUUGCGCUGUCGUCGUGGAGUCUCUUGAGAGAUUCGAUCUACUACACGCUGUCUGUUGUUGCACUCAUCGUGUUUAUUUAUGACGAAAGAGUUUCCUGGUGGGAGUCCUUAGUCUUAGUGCUGAUGUACGUCAUCUACAUCUUUAUAAUGAAGUACAACUCAACCAUACAUCACUUCUUUGAGAGGAAGACAAAAAACUCUGCAAAUAUGGUGAAUGGUUUAGCAAGUAACACAGAGAUGGAUGACAACAGCAACUGUGAUGCCACAGUGGUGUUACUAAAGAAAGGUAACUGUUCCAGAAAUUUCCACCGAAAAGCCUCAGUGAUCAUGGUUGAUGAGCUGCUCUCUGCCUACCCACACCAGCUUUCAUUUUCCGAGGCUGGGCUCCGGAUCAUGAUAACCAGCCAUUUCCCUCCCAAAACACGUCUCUCCAUGGCCAGCCGCAUGUUAAUCAAUGAGAGACAGAGGCUGAUCAACAGCAGGACUUACACCAACGGGGAGUCAGAAGUAGCCAUCAAAAUCCCCAUCAAGCACGUGGUGGAGAAUGGAACAGGCCCCAGCAACUCCGCCGAGCGCGGUGUGAACGGCACGCGGCGCGACGAGGACGCGGCCGAGGCCCGCAACGAGAACGAGAACGAGGACAAUGAGAACAACGAGAACGAUGAGGAGGAGGAGGACGAGGAUGAUGAUGAUGAUGACGACCAUGAAGGGCCCUACACACCUUUUGACCUCCCCACUGGCAAGAUAGAAAUAUUGAAGUGGGUCUUCACAUGGCCCUUGAGUUUUGUCCUGUACUUCACAGUGCCCAACUGCAACAAACCCCACUUGGAAAAAUGGUUCAUGGUCACCUUUGCUUCUUCUACCCUGUGGAUUGCAGCUUUUUCUUACAUGAUGGUGUGGAUGGUGACAAUCAUUGGGUACACCCUGGGAAUUCCAGACGUGAUCAUGGGCAUCACUUUCCUGGCAGCAGGAACCAGCGUGCCAGACUGCAUGGCCAGCCUGAUCGUGGCCAGGCAAGGUAUGGGGGAUAUGGCCGUGUCCAACUCCAUUGGAAGCAAUGUUUUUGAUAUUUUAAUUGGCCUAGGCCUUCCAUGGGCUUUGCAGACCCUAGCAGUGAAUUAUGGAUCAUACAUUCGGUUAAACAGCAGAGGACUUAUAUAUUCUGUUGGUCUCCUGCUGGCAUCAGUUUUUGUCACAGUUUUUGGUGUCCACAUGAACAAAUGGAAACUGGAUAAGAAGCUAGGGUGUGUGUGCCUUUCCCUUUACGGCAUCUUCCUGUGUUUCUCCAUCAUGACAGAAUUCAAUGUUUUCACUUUUGUGAACUUGCCAAUGUGCAGAGAUCACUAA